GCAAUUGGGCCGGGGCGAGUGCAGGUCCACAGGCCGGGCGAGGAAAGAAAAUGGAUAGAAUGGCAACGAAGGAAAUCGGGCACGACAAGAAGGGUAGUCGGAGCUCGAACGGAUGGUGAGGCUGCGUGCGUGACGGAGUCAUGGGGCAAGAGAAGAAUGGCGAAUCUUGGAUUGCGGGCGCGAGUCCGGGCGAGCACCCACCAGCAAUGUGCAGUGUGAUCGCACUGCAGUCGGAUGCGAAGCCGCUUUUCGAGGCUCGGGCGGGACGGGCAUGGGGAUGGGCCUGUUCGUGGUGAAUGAUGGUGGAUGCUGCGAGGAGGAGCUCCAAGCGGUCGGGGCGGAGUCGGAGCAGCCGGUGAAGGGUGCGAGGGCGGGCUGCGAGUGCGCAGGCAUCGCUGGCACGCGAGGCAAGACGCUGCAAUAGAAUAAUCAAGAAAGGGAGCAAGAACGACAGCAGCUGGGAUCCGAGAUGCAUCCAUCAUGCUGCCGGUGAGGCGACGGGCUGCAAUGGCUGACUGAUUGGCGACGGUGUGGAUGCUCGCUUCCUUGGGUUGCUGCAGAGGCCGACUCGCGAGUCGCCUCAUAAGAUUAGGAGGUUUUGGAGUUUUGCGAGUCGGGCCGGGGAGAUUCGGAGGCGCUGUAGAAUUGAUCCGGCGGAGUCGGAGCCGAGCAGAAGAGGAGCAGGCGACGCUGCUGCAGCUGCCGAAGCUGCUGAUCGCAAGAAGCUCCUGCCGCGGAAACAAACUUCGGGGCGGUAGCGGCAGCAGCAGCAGCCAGCAACUUGCCCAAUCAUCUCCAGCGUCUCCACUCCUCCGUGCAUUCUCGCAGGCUGAGCUCGACCCGGGCUUCUGCCUCUGCGGGAUCCAUCGUAGUGCAGGUGCUAAUCGGACAGGCUCCAGACAUUGAGACUGCAGAAACGGACAACCUCAAGAUUCAGCCAUCUCCAGCCCCUCCCUACGCAGCGUCUCGGUGUCGAAAUUGCAUCGCUUGAUACGAGCGUCGAAAUCGCGAUCCUCGGUGCGCCAUUGGCCUAGCGACUCGUGCUGCGCGCCCACGUCCACCACAGUCCCCCCCGGGAUUAGACCUAGACGCGGAGGCUUUGGAAGGGGCUUAAAUUGCACGCUUCUUUCUUCUUGAAAAGCGUCGACUGGCAUUGCCGGCUUCCGAGAUUCACCAAAGCUGGCUUGCUGCAGCAUGGCGCCGUGUGCUUCCCGAUGAGACUUCACAGGAUCCAGAGGUUGAGGCUUGCGUCGGAUUAAUCCGGACCUCGCUCGACGAGCUGCUGAUGAAGACAUGGCGAUUCAAUCCGCAAGUCCCAAUCUGAUUCACCCAUUGCUAUAAGUUGCUGGUUGAGAGGCCUGUGUAGUGUGGUAAUCGGGAGGAUUGAAAUGGCGGGCCAUCAGCUUAAAAAGUUGGCUCAGACCCGUGGCAAGGUUUUACGUACUUCUCUGAUUGAUCUGGUUCCCAAGCACUGGAGUGUGUAUACUCUUCUAUUUUCUACGGUUUUCUUUCUCCUGUUCUGUUUCUUGUUGUUUGAUAUUCGGACAUCACCCACAGCCCUGCUGCUUCAUGCGUCGAAUCAGCUUGGGGCACUCCGAGCGCAGGCUGGAGAAAUGUACUUCCAGUCCACCUCCGGCUCCGGUUCUUCGGACGUCGGAGGAAGCCCAAGUCUGAGGAAGGAAUUGCGCCGUCGAGCGGAGGACGCCGACGAUGACGACGACGACGACGACGAUGAUGAGAAGCGGAAAUCAAAUUCGUUCCGAAAGCGGUCAGAGGACGGCGAAACUAAAGCAACGAUCAAGGAUCGAUGGACUCCCGAGGGAGUCCCCACCGAGGGCCUCUUAGCGGUAGAUGGUGGCUUGUCUGAUGAUGCGCAGCCUGAGGAAGGGACCUCAGACUCGAAGGAUGGUUCGGUCCAAGCGAAUGCGGAGAAAGAGGAUGCCGCCGAGAAAUCUGUGAAGACCGUGGAGAAAGUCGUCGAUAGUGACAGUAGUCAAGAAGAACCCGCAGACUUAGGGGGCCGUGUACAGCUAGAGGAGGCAGAAGUCGAGAAUGAAAGCAUGAAUGAGGAGACAGUUCCGGAGAAGGAAAGCAGUGAAGAAGAGACAGUAGUAGAAGAGAGUGUAAGCUCUGAAGAAGGAGCCUUGGAUACAGUGAAGCCAGACGGAGGGGAAGAGGGUAUCGAGGAAAAAGUGGAGAACUCUUCACGGAAAAAAGAGGAAGGGAAAGAAUUGAGAGCCGUAGUUUCUGAGCAGGAAGUAGACGAGGCAUCUGCUCCAUCCACCAAUAUCAAGGAGGAGGAUUCGUCCGUCGUCUCCAACUCUGAUUCAUCUUCCGGUGAGGAAACAGUUUCUGGAUCGGUAGAGCUUACCGGGAAGGCUACUAAGUCCCCCAGCGUGGAGAAAGUUGCAGACGAAGAGGUUGUGGAUUCUGAGAAAGUCACAGAGACUAAGAAGGAACGCAGUAAAAGGGAUGAGAAGAAAAAAGAGACUUCUAAGAAGAAACCUUCGGAACCAUCGACUCAGGCAGGUUUAAGGGAUGUGGCGGUUGAUGGCAAAUGUGAUUAUUCUGUUGGUAAGUGGGUCUACGAUGAGAGUUAUCCUCUCUACGCCCCAGACUCGUGUCCUUUCGUUGAUGGAGGAUUCCGAUGCGUGGAGAACGGAAGGCCCAGUGCAGAAUUCCAGAAAUACCGAUGGCAGCCAUCCGGUUGCGAUCUUCCCAGGUUCGAUCCCAAAAAUAUGUUGGAGAGACUGCGGGGACGGCGCCUUGCUUUUGUAGGCGAUUCGAUUGGUCGGAACAAUUGGGAGUCUUUGCUGUGCAUGCUUGCCGCAGCCGUACCCAACAAAACUCGAAUUUAUGAGAUCAACGGCGAACCUAUAACAAAGCAUAAGGGAUUCUUAUCGUUUCGGUUUGAAGAUUACAAUUGCACUGUGGAAUACUAUCGAUCUCCGUACCUCGUCCCUCAGGGCAGAGCUCCUCCCAAUUCACCACCUGAAGUCCACUCCACGUUCAAAUUGGAUCAGAUUGACUGGUCCGCUACUCAGUGGAAAGAUGCAGAUAUCAUAGUCUUCAACUCCGGUCACUGGUGGAGCUUUGAGAAAACUGUUCGAGGGGGGAAUUAUUUCCAAUUGGAGAACAAGGUCCACAUGAAAAUGGAAGUAGGAGACGCGUUUAGAAGAGCCAUGCAGACCGUGGCCAAAUUUGUGGAAGAGAACAUUGAUUCCACGAAGACGCAAACCUUUUGGAGGAGUUAUGCCCCCGUCCACUUCAGGGGCGGAACAUGGAAGACAGGAGGGAGCUGCGUCGAAGAGGAGAGGCCAAUGCUGAACCACACGUCUUACCAAGAGCCCUGGGUCAAUCAGAUGAUAUCGGAGGUAAUCCAAAACAACGUCAAGAAUCCGAUAAAGUUUCUGAACAUCACCCUUCUAUCCGAUUACAGACCGGACGGACAUUCUUCUAUAUGGCAAAGGAGUCCUCCUUCGCCUAUCAAUCGCCAAGAUUGCAGCCAUUGGUGCUUGCCUGGCGUUCCCGACACUUGGAACGAAUUUUUGUACGCGGCUCUUCUCGACAGAGGACAAGGGCCGUGGAGCGACAAGGCAGAGUGAGUGCAUUCGGUAUGGCGAAUCGGAUGAACGAGCGCCUCACAACCAUUUUGUAGAUCUCUUACGAGACAUUAGAAGAUCCCUUUGUCAAUAUCUCCAACUUUGGUUCAGGUCGUCUCCAACUUCGGCUGUGAAACCCUCAUGCCACAGCGGUUUGGAGCCACGCCUCGACAUUUUUCUUUAUAAGGUAAAUCAAAGCCUUCAGAAGAUGUGACCCAAGUAUAUCUCCCCACGCGACCAAGCAUAAUUUUAUUCAUUCUUCUCUGAAGAAUAAGAUCUAUAGCUGCGGGAGUCUGAUAUGUACUUAUACCACCAGACUAUGAACGUUCCUCUGCCAGUGGAUAGUCUCCUCGUAAGCCCAGUCACAGAGCUUCGGUUGGACGAUCUGCUCACGGUCCAAGGGGAUCAAGAAUGAUAGGCUAGCAAUCAUGCGUCCUUCCGGCAAAUUGCCAAUUCGACCGGAUGCCUUAUAAAGUUCAUUGUAAUAUAGUUUGCAUCUUGUUCAGGCUUGAACGGGAGGCUGCUGCCUCCUUACCCACCUAUUGGAUUCUGGACGCGUGGAGAAUAUAUUUAACAUCCGAUUGGAUAUGGUGAACGUUAUCUUCGAUCAGUUUGAAUGAAACCGCCGCAUUUUCAUUUGCCAAUCGCC